CACGUACCUGAGCGAUGACGGCCCCCUGUUGAACAUGCGAUAAUGAACUGCGGGAGCGAUAUCGAACUUGAGUCUACUUCGCCCAUGGAUAGAGACUCAAUCCGUCAUUUCGACGACGAAGAGAUAGCACGACUCAGCAAACGUGUUAUUCUCAAACUCGACUUGAUACUGCUCCCCUUCCUGUGUCUUCUGUUUCUGCUUAAUUCUCUCGACAAGUCGAAUGUAGGAAAUGCGGAAUCUGGCCACUUUACCGAGGAUUUAGGACUACCCAAGUCUGCUCUGAAUGUUUCCGUGGCUUGGUUCUUCGCAGUAUUUGUCUGUCUUCAGCCUAUCGGUGCCUUCUUUGGUCGCAAGUAUGGUAUGGUUCGCUGGGUGCCGGGGACCAUGACCUUGUGGGGAGUUUGUACCGCACUACACAUCGCUGUACAGUCUCAGACUCAACUGGUCACUCUGAGAGUACUCAUUGCGGCAUUAGAGGCAGGUUUCUACCCCACCACUGUAUCCUACUUGAGCCUGUGGUAUACUCGCUAUGAAUUUGGCAAGCGCUUAGCCUUUUUCUAUGGUCAGGCCGCACUUGCCGGAUGUUUUGGAGGCCUGCUUAGCUGGGCUGUCUUCAGCUACUUCCCUCGUGACGACCCGACUCCACACAUCACCACCGCAAAAUGGAAGAGCUGGGAGAUAUUGUUUCUCGUCGAAGGCACUUUGACCAUUGUGGUGGCAGCUGUUGGAUUCUUCUGGCUGCCGCAUAGUGCCAACACGGCAUGGUUCUUGACUGCUGACGAGCGUCUCGUCGCAGAAGAGCGUAUUCGGAAUGAUCAGAUUGCUGCAGCUACCUCAUGGAGCGAAUCAAAACAGCAGCCAGCCGUCAUCGAUACUCGAGAGCCUAGAUCGCUUGGUCUAUCUGAUUCACGCCAUUCAUUGACUCUUGAGGACGAGGAGGCCGAUUACCUACUUCCUGGCGCUGAGAUUGGACCAGAAAUAUCUGGCCGUCGCCAGAGCCAUGCUUCUGUUGCAUCUGUCACUGCUGAUAUCGGGAUAUCUCGCGAAGACAUAUUCUCCGCCGUAGCUGACUGGAAGGUCUGGUACCUCCUGUUUUGCAACAUUCUUUCCGCCAUUCCAGCCACCGCGUUUGCAGUGUUUCUCCCACUCGUCAUCAAGGGUAUUGCAGGUCGGGAAGACCUGGGGCCAGCUGCUAUUAACCUCCUUGUGGUACCUCCAUUCUUAGCCGGGGCUAUCAUUCUCUUCGUCUUCACAUCGUGGUCUGACCGAAGAAGAAUUCGUCUGAUCCCGAUUCUCUACGGUCUGGCCAUCUUACUUGCGGGCCUAGCAGCCACGGUGUCUCUACCCACCAACGCCUACAAGCUGCGCUACUUUGCCUUGACCAUCCUCCUGUCCGGCUCCUUUGUGGCUUCACCUCUUACAGUAACCUGGCUCAGCAACAACAUACCUCAACCGGGCAAACGAGCGAUCGUACUGGGCAUCAACGGGUGGGGCAACUUCGCCGGUGUCAUUUCAAGCAUGUUAUUCGCUCCAAAGUUUGAAGAAGGCGGCUACUUGAUCCCCUUCUACGUCACUCUCGCCUGUGUCCUGACGGCAUUCAUCGGCUACCUGGCUUUCAGGGCUCUUGUCGUCGCUGAAAAUCAACGACGCACAAGAAUCGUGGCGAAUUGGGAUGAAGAGGAGAUUAGAAGGGAAGCCAUGUUUGGAGAUGGUGCGGUUGUGGAGGACAAGAAUCUAUGGACUGUGAUCACGAAGAUCUUCAGGUUGGAUCAUCUGCGCGAAUGGGCGGGGAUUGAUAGGUUACGGCGAGGAGAUGAGAAGCUUACGUUUUUGUAUAGCCUUUGACAGACGUCUGGCGUUGCUGUCGCUGAAUUUCAAUCCGUUACUUUCCC